GAGCAUGAUAAUCUUGCCAGGCCAGCAAGCUGAAAGGGUUUUAUACAUUGCAUCGUAUUAUGUCUUUCUCAUGAGAUCUUUUAAGUUUUGGUAUAUCUGGGGCCCUACGAGUCCCGUUGACUGCAUUAUUAUCCAUGGAAGCCGUAAUAAAUUCAGCAUAACCUAGGGUAGACAGUAAAACGAUACUUAAACGCCAAAUAUGUUUAUCAACUGUUUCAUUUUAUUUUGUUUUGCAACCACGUUAAAUAUAGAUUUAUCUUAUAAAAUACCCCAUCAUAUCUAUUUCUUAUUGAAUAAUACACUUUUUGAAAGGAAAGCAGCGAAGUACUUUGUUAAGUUUUGUUGUUAUGCAAUUAAUAUCUUAGAACACAAGAUUUUCAGAGGAAUAGAAAUCAUUUUCAUUUAUGUUAUCAUGAAAUAGAUUAAACGGGACCAUGGUGGAUGGUUUAGGUUCAAUAUCUCUUUAAAUCAUAUUGAACUAGUGCGCCAUAUUUCGUCACGUUUAACACGGCAAACAUAAGUAUGGAUCAGAAAUUCAAUGAUUAUAGCAUCAAAAUCUCUCAAACACCAGUGCACUUUGUGACAAUGGGAAUUCUUUUCUUUUUCAGAUACAAGUCCGUAAUAGAUAUGAAAUCUUUCAGAAUAAGGAACCUCAUUCUGCACCUACUAUUUUUUGCUGCAGGCAGUUGCAUUACCACCAUUUUUUUCAUAUGUAAUGGGCCACUUACCAUUGCGCAUUCGGGACUUGUAACGAGAAAUGUUGUGACAAUUGUACGAGCCAAAAAAACACAGAGUAUCCUUCCUUCCAAUAACAUCGGGGUGCUGAAAAAUAUUGGCGAGCAAACAUGUGUGUGCAAUAGAAGAAUACGCGAGACUUUACAUAACUCUCCGGGCUGGAUCAUGGACCAAGCACAGAGAGAGGAUAGUUUAAAACGAUUUAAGAGACGGAGAUUAUGUAUGGACGAUGUUUACAAUUUUGUUGACGGCAACUCACCGAUAAGCUACCCGGCGCAUGGUCUCUACGUAAGGCCCCUACGAGCAGUUUUGAUUAAAGGCUUGCGAAUAGAAUGGUUCUUUCAUCGAUCGGACAAGGAAGAGAUUGAGGAAAAGGUGCAGUUCUCUGCCGAAAGGGGAGUUAUAAAGACAUUAUCAAAUUACAAGAAGGUCCGUGUUGAAGGAAAUGGGACUAAAAAUAUGACAAUAAAAACGAGGAGCAAAUCACAUUUGAAUCUUCAGCUACAGGGAAUAGUGUACGAGAAUACGGACUUCGACACCAACAUAUUUGACAAAGUCCUGCUACAGUACUUGAGAUUUAAUGUUACUAUUCCAAUACACAUUCAACAUCGACAAGUCCCAUGGCUGUAUCGAAAAGGAACUAUCGAAGAAAGGGUAACUGUCAUUAUAAAAACGUUUCUUCGAUACCACAAGGCAAGGUCAGCCAUAAACUCCAUCCAGAGAUUUUAUCCUGGGCUAAGAGUCAUCCUCGCUGACGACACUCCUCGAAGUGAAUUCACGAACAUGCAACAUAACAACGUUCAUCACUACAGAAUGCCUGGCUUUACUUGAAGAAACCAGAUCCAGUCCAGUGGGUUUCGGCGACACCGAGAACAUUGAUGCCGCACCUUUCCAUUUCCCUCAGUACGUUACUCAGCCUCCCUGCUUGGUGUAGAGUACGUAAGUUGGCACUCUUAUGUUCUUCCGUAGGUUUAUCCUGUCAAUACUUUCCCUUCCAUCAGUACUGGGCCUUUCCGUCUGGUCACCAUAGUGGUCCCCAUCAUCCGGGAUUCGGUCCAGCACGCCAUCCUCUGUCCUCGGGUCUGUAACGCCAGCACCUCCCUCUACUCCAGUAGUUGGUUGGGCGGGGUCACAUCUCCUGGAGGUACCGAGACACCCGUCCAUCUCUCUUUGCUUGUGCUUUGCUUCCAUAGUUCACAUGGGAUGUGGCUGAAAAGCCACCAUUAGGCCAGUAGGUUCCCAACCCUCUUCUGACGCGAGCGGGUGCUGUUAGCCAGCUGCAGCUCCCCUGGGAACCGUCCCACCAUGGUUGAACCUGCCAGGAGCGGGGAGAACACUUCAGGGGGACAUGCAAAUGCUCCGCCCGGGCAUAUGAUCAAGGCACUUCUUAGCCAAAUUUCCGGUCAUUCGGUUGUAAUACCAGAUCACAGGGGUAAGAAAUAUACAGUUUUGGUCUAAAAAUGACCGAAACCCCUUGAAGGCUAGGCCAGACACUCAGUUUCACUCGAAAACGAAGGGGUGGGGUAAGUUAAUGCCUCCUGGAUGUAGAUCUGAUAAGCCAUGGUGGUGGAUAAGCUCUAAAUUAAACUGACCCCUCUCCUGGGACAGGCCAUUUUGGACCAAGGUUUGGACAGCACAUUUGUAAGUCAAAACUGGAUCAAAGUGACGGAAACAUGUGCAAAGAAGUUCAGAUAAAGAGGUCGACCAGAUCUAACGACAGUGCCCUCCCGUACGUACAUUAUGUCAUAUCUGACUCGGCCUGCACUAUUCUUUAAGGAAGGUGAAUAGUUACGGUUUUUAAAAAGUAGGAAAUCCUUCGAUAUAUCAGUACUAUUUUACUUCAACUAUGAUAAGAAAAUAUAAUGAAGAAACAAAUUAUUAAUAUAUUAGUACAUGGGACUGAUGUUUUUUAUAUUUUGGCUAAGAAAACUCAUGAGUCCAAAGAGCUGGCAGCGGCGAGUAACUUAAAUUGAUGAUAUUAUGGGUAACAUAAUUCUGGAAGUGUGUUAGAUUGCUAUCAAAGAAAAGGUUAUCUAAUGACAUAACAUUCAAAUUAUGCAAGUUUCCUAGAUUGUGUUGAAGAAAAAGAGUGACAAGAAGGAAAGGAUGACGAAAAAAUAAGAAAAAAACGUAGCAAAUACUAUGCGUUUCCUUUUUCUUAAGGGAACAUUAGGGCACAACCACGACAAUUCCAAACAAUUUUAAGAGCUAGCUUACACACACACACACACACACACACACACACA